GGAGAACAGUCGCACCCCCUAAGCAAUCUCCAAUUAGCUGGGUGGAAGCUGUCGGCAAAUCCCAUGAAACAGCAAACGUUUCAGAAGAGACUCGAAACGUUUUGUUGGCGGCCUGGAGACAAAACAUGCACCAGUAGUGCCUAUGCCUCUGCCUGGAGUAAGUGGGUUAGCUGGUGUGAUCAACGAAAAAUUAAUCCACUUUCAACAUCUAUAGAAUCUAUCCUAGAGUUUCUUACAGGACAAUAUAAGGAGGGCAAAGCAUAUAGAUCAAUUAAUGUUUAUCGCUCUGCCUUAUCUGCAGUGUUAGCACUUAUUGAUUCCUGGAAAGUUGGCUCUCAUCCACUAGUUUCCCAACUAUUGAGGGGCAUAUUUAAUUUACGACCUCCUCAACCAAAAUACUCACACACAUGGAAAGUCUCUCAGCUGUUGGGCUACAUAAAAUCCCUUGGGCCUAAUGAAAAUUUAAGCCUAAAAAAUUUGUCUUUCAAAUUGGUAACACUAUUGGGUCUGACAGCACCAGAUAGAUCGUCUGACCUAGCUAAACGAGAUUUGAGGUGGCGUACUUUUCAUCCUGAAGGAGUAUCGUUUUCACUCUCUGGUUUGUCAAAGACCUCUAAACCAGGAGAUUCACCAAAAACUAGUUUUCAUGCAGCAUUUAAGGAAGAUAAGGAUUUAUGUCCAUGCAGUGGAAUGUUUAAAGUUUUAUGA